AUGGCAACUAUAAAGAAGGAAAUAUCGUCACCGAGAAAAGAAGUUCAGAAAAAACGAGUUGAAGACGAUGAUGAAUCAGAUGACGAUAGAUCUGUUAUUACGUUAAGUUCAGAUUCUGAAAUUGAGGAAGGAAAAAGUAAAGAAGAUGAGGAACCAAUGGAAUGUGGAACAGAUUCUUCUGGCGAGGAAGAAGAUGAAGAUGAGAGCGAUGAAUCAGAAUCAGAUGAGGAAGACGAAGAAGAAACAGAUUCAGAUGAAAUGACAGAUUCAGAUUCUGUUUGGUCGACAGUUGAUGAAAAUGGAGAAACUGAAAUGAUAACAAGUGAAGCUAUUGAAGCUAAAAUUAUUAGAAAGUUUGAAAAAUCAAUGAUUCUUCUGGCCGAUAAACAAAUUGAAAAAGCGAAAAGUUUUCUUCUGGCACUUCUCAAAAAACCACUAAUAUCUAUCCAUCGAAAAUCGAAUAUUGACUUCGAAGAAAUUGAAGAAAUCAGUAGACCAUCUAAAAUUCUGCAGGUUUAUGUUGCAAUUCAUAAGAACUUGGCUAAAUUGGAACCAAACAAAGCUAUCGAACAUUAUCUACAGGUAACUAGAGAAACAAGAAGUACUUUUUGAUAUUAUUCAAUGAUUUUUAGGUAUUAUAUUAUACUCCAAAUGAUACGAGUAUUUGGCUGGAAGUCGCUUUGAAAUCAUUUGAAAACGGGGAUUUACAGUUUGCAUUAUAUUGUUUCAAAAAAUGUGAAAAUUUGAAAGAAUCAACUGAAGCACAUGCAACUGUUUUAUAUUUGACGUGUAAUUAUUCAGGUUAGAAAACUAAUUUCGAAAAUGUUUUGUAAGAAAGUUAUAUUUCUAGGUUGCCUUUAUUUGCUGAAAGAUUAUAUUGAAGAUGUUGGAGAAUUGAACGACAAAAUGAAAUAUUUGAAAUUCAAAAUCAGAUCGACAAGUAAUCAUUAUAGGUAACAAAAUUUUCAAUUCAAAUUAAAUUUCGUUUAAAACACUGUUAAAAUUCCAGAAAAAUGUGUGAUAAUAUAUUCGAAGAAGAUGAUUUUUAUAAAGAAGUGAAAAGUUUGGAUUCAAGAAGAAUUGCAGUUUUUGACCAAAGAUUUGAAGAAAUGUCACGGAAAAUUCGAGAAAAACAACAACUUUUGGAUGUUUCUUUCAAUGAAGAAAAAGAACUGAAACCAAUUCAAGUGGAGAUUUCAGAAAAACAAAAUUUGACGGAUGUUUUCACGAUUUUCUGUGAUCUUUUCGAUAGAAUUCAGGCUUAUUCGAAGGUUUGUUUUUCUCUUUUUAUAAAGGCUGUUUCGAAAUAUUACAAAAUUUUGAAGCAGAUUACGAAAUUUAUUUAUUUUGUUUUGUUUUUCAGCUCAAUUAUCAUCCAAUUGAAUUCAAAUAUUGGGGAAAUCGAAAAGAUUAUUUAGAAAUUGAAGAAUGUUUGAAUGAAAUUGUAGAUAUUGUUGAUUGUGUUGAAGAUAUGACUGGAAAAAUUGGAACUAAAAAAUCGAACAAAAAAGCGAAAGAAAAAUAUUUGUCAACUUGGAAAACGAGAUUAUUUGUAGAAGAAGAAGUUGUAGAAAUAUGUGAAACUGAGGACGAAUCAGAUGAAAAUAGAACAGAAAGUAGAGAAAAUAGUCCGAAAAAUGAUUUUGGAUUGGAAGAAAAUGAAUUGGCUAUUGAAUAUGGAUUAAAAUGUGAAAAUAUUCGACCGAUUUGUAUGAGAAAACACAAAAGAAAGGUUUUUCAUUUUUCUUUGAUUUUCCAAUAAAUUGUGUGUUUCAGAUCACCAGCUCGAACAUCUUCCGAUUUCAAAUAUUUGGAUGACGAAAACCUUCUAAAUUCUCUUCGAAGUCAUUUUCUUUCUCAAUCCCAAAAUCUGACAAUCACCGAAAUUAUUAAAAUAUCUCUUUUGAAAUUCUCAAACUAUAGUGGAGUUUUGAAAAAUGAUUUGAAAGUUGUAGUGGAGGAAAUGUAUACACGAUUGGCAUAUUAUCAAUUUAUGGCAACUCCGAAAUAUGAUCAAAUUAAUAUUAUUAUGAUGGAAUGUGGUUAGUUAUUUGGAUUUAUGAAAUUGAUACGUGAACUAUGACGUGACAAAUUAAAAUUCAUUUUUUUGAACAAAAAAAAAACAAAAUAUUGCAAGUACUUAUUUUAUUUAUGAAACGUGACCCAAUAAUUUCCACUGGGUUUUAUUUAUUUAUUUAAAAUUUCAUUUCAUUUCUGAUAAUUACAGAUCAUAGAAAAGGACUCGAAUUAUGUUUGAAAAAGUAUAUUUCAUUUUUUGGAUAUGAACAAGACGAUGAAGAAGAUGAUGAUGAUCUAAUAAAUGUGAAGAAUAUGUCAGAAAAUGAAUUAUAUCUACGAUUUUGUUGGAAAUAUUCGAACACAAAUUUAUUGGAUUCGAUAAAAUUGGAAUAUUUAUAUGUUCUGAUGAAUAAUAUGGAUGAACAUCGAGUUAUUUCAACUUCAAUUGAUCAAUUCGAUUUGAAUGAUGUUAAAGAUAAAAUCGAAAUUAUUGAGAAAAAAUUAAGAAUUGAAUCGAUUAAACAAUUAUGGAAUUCGAAAAAUUAUCAAGAAGUUUGUCGCUUUUUUAAAAACUUGGAAUUAAUAAUCUAUCAAUUUUUCAGCUUAUUCGAAUCUGUGAAAAUGAUAUUGAUUUUUCUGAAACAGGAAUCGAGGAAACUGAACAAAUUUUGGUUUUUUGGUUGAAAUCCCUAGAAAAAUCGAAAAAAGAAGAAAGUUUUGUGAUAUUAGCAACUCGAGUUCUUCAUUUUUAUCUUUUUUCGGAAUCAAAUUCAAUUGAAAAUUAUGAAGAAUCAAUCGAUAUUUUAUUGAAAUCAUUGAGGAAAAAUUGA